UAGCUCCGAUGAGGCCGAAUCCUUUAUUCCAGCGCUAGACCUCAGUUGCAGUAUGUAUGAAGAGGCAUUCAUGUGUAGGCUUAGCUGACCUGAGCCUCUACACCAUAUAUUGAUGUAAUCUGAGUUUUGGAGCAAUCACGACCGACAAUACCACCAUGGAGUUCUUCAAGUUGCACCACCCGGCUGCAUAUCAGUUGCAGCUUACAACGCUUCGAACAUUCGUAGCAGCAGUACUAUUGCUGCUACUCUGUUGUCAUCCUGUCCCAGCCAUUGAGGUGAAUGGCAUCAGAUUCAAGGAAAUCUUCAGUUUUGGGGAUUCUUAUCUUGACAUCGGGAACCGCGACCCUAAAAACUUUACCAGAACACCCGUAGGGCCUGUGAAUCAGGCAUGGAUCAAUCCUUAUGGCCUGACCAACCCUGCAGUUCCGACAGGACGAUUCUGUGAUGGUCAAGUAUUCUCUGAUAUUCUUGCUGACUACAUAGGUCUUCACCCACGCCCUUACAUACUUUACGAAGAGCGGCCGUCGACCCGGAAGGAAGAUGGCAUGAACUUCGCCGUGGGAGGAAGUGGAGUCAAAGACAAUUUAGGAUUUACGAAGACCCGAGAUCAGAUCGCUCAGUUGAAGACAGUGAUCAAUUCAGGAGUUUAUUCGGAAACGGUGUACAAAGAGUCGCUCAUUUUGUUCACAAUCUCUGGCAACGAUUACUAUGCAUUUCUGAGGAACAGCCAAGUCAUUGGACUUGCAGAAAUUGGCAUUUUUAUCGUAGCGGUUGUGAAUCAACUAGUUGAAGACUUGAAAACAUUGUACAACAUGGGAUUCAGAAAUUUCGCCGUAUCUACACUCCCACCACUGGGCUGCUUGCCCGGUGUGUCGGCAUUUACGGGCAGCCUUUCAUGCUUAGAGGUUGCCAAUGUAGUUUCGACGACGCACAAUUCUUUGCUGAAGGCAAUGCUGACCAACAGUUCGUCCAUAUUAGCAGCAGCGAAUUUGAUAAUUCUAGAUAACGAGCUUGCCUUCAGAGAAAUACUGUUAAACCAGAUCCAAACCCAAUUUACCUCUGGUUUGAAGGCUUGCUGCAAAGGAUCCGGGUCCUUUAACUUGUGUGGUGAUGUUGACAAAGCCACACGAACGCCGCUAUACACUUUAUGCAGCGCAAACACAAUUUCGACCUACUUCUUCUGGGACGAGGUGCACCCCACACAGGCUGGAUGGAGGUCCGUCUUCAACCUUUUCCUGGGGGGAGAGCCCUUUUCGUUCACGAAUGGGAAAAGCCUCGUCCAGUUUCUCAGUACCUGAGCAGACGGUAUUAGUAUUAUUGUCAAUAAAUAAGGAUGGUAUAGGUUUCAGUAGAACCCCAAUGAACAGGUGAAUAAAAUGUUCAUGUAGUGCAAGCACUUCAACUGCAUGGCAUCUAGCAAAAUGGAUCAGGGGGUCUCCGGCAUCAAACUGCCACCUCUUAGAGCCAAAUUCGUCCAAGAUCCAGCCUGCAAAAGGAUCCACUGACCUGUUGCUGUACAGGUUUUCUGAAUGUCCUGUUGAUGUUCCACUGAAGUAAAGAUACCGACCAUCAUAGAAA